AAUUAUCAGGGAGUGUUAUAAAAAGCCUUGGAGUGCAAGCUUACAGUUGUCUUGGUAAGAAGAGAAGGCUGCCAUGGACCCAGCUGUGGUUCUGGUGCUCUGUCUCUCCUGUUUGCUUCUCCUCUUCCUCUGGAGACAGAGCUCUGGGAGAGGGAAUCUCCCUCCUGGCCCCACUCCUCUCCCAAUUAUUGGAAAUAUCCUGCAGGUGGAUAUUAAGGACAUUGGCAAAUCCUUUACCAAUUUCUCAAAAGUCUACGGCCCAGUGUUCACUGUGCACUUUGGCCUGAAGCCUGUUGUGGUGUUACAUGGAUAUGAGGCGGUGAAGGAAGCUAUGAUUGAUCAUGGAGAGGAGUUUUCUGGAAGAGGCCAUUUCCCAUUGCCUGAAAGAGUUAAUAAAGGGCUUGGAAUCAUUUUCAGCAAUGGAGAUGGAUGGAAGCAGAUCCGGCGCUUCACCCUCAUGACCCUGCGGAAUUUUGGGAUGGGGAAGAGGAGGAUUGAGGAAUGUGUUCAAGAGGAGGCCCGCUGCCUUGUGGAGGAGUUGAGAAAAACCAAGGCCUCACCUUGUGAUCCUCUAUUUAUCCUGAACAUUGCUCCCUGCAAUGUGAUUUGCUCCAUUAUAUUCCGGAAUCGUUUUGAUUAUAGAGAUCAGACUCUUCUUAACUUGAUGGAAAAAUUUGAUGAAAACCACAGGAUUAUGAGCUCCCCAUGGAUGCAGGUCUGCAAUAGUUUUCCUGCUGUCAUUGAUUAUCUCCCAGGAAGUCAUAGAAAAUUUUUAAAAAAUUUUGCUCAUAUUAAAAGUUAUGUUUUGGAGAAAACAAGGGAACAUCAAGAAUCCCUGGACAUGAACAAUCCUCAAGACUUCAUUGAUUAUUUCCUGAUCAAAAUGGAACAGGAAAAGCAAAAUCCACAGUCGAAAUUUACUAUUGAAAACUUGCAAGCCACUAUAAUUGAUAUGUUCGGAGCUGGAGUAGAGACAACGAGUACCACCUUGAGAUAUGGACUCCUGAUCCUGCUGAAGUACCCAGAGGUCACAGCUAAAGUUCAGGCAGAGAUUGACCGUGUGGUUGGCAGACACCGGAGCCCCUGCAUGCAGGACAGGAGCCACAUGCCCUACACGGAUGCCGUGGUGCAUGAGAUCCAGAGAUAUAUUGACCUGCUCCCCACCAACUUGCCCCAUGCGGUGACCUGUGAUGUCAAAUUCAGAAACUACCUGAUCCCCAAGGGCACAACCAUAUUAACUUCACUCACUUCUGCACUGCACAAUGACAAAGAAUUCCCCAACCCAGAGAGGUUUGACCCAGGCCACUUUCUGGAUGAGAGUGGCAACUUUAAGAAAAGUGACUACUUCAUUCCUUUCUCAAUAGGAAAACGAAUAUGUGUGGGAGAGGGCCUGGCACGCAUGGAACUAUUUUUAUUCCUCACCACCAUUUUACAGAACUUUACCCUGAAAUCUCUGGUUGACCCAAAAGACAUUGACAUCACCCCAGCUAUCAGUGGGAUGUCCCAUUUGCCACCCUCAUACCAGCUCUGCUUCAUUCCUGUCUGAAAAAGGGCAGAUCGUCUGGCAGAUGAUGUGUUGUUUGCAACUCCCCUGUGGGCAUUGCUCUCCUUGUUCCCACUUUAGGCAUGCCUUCUCUGACACCUCCCCAUUCCCUUAAGAUCCAGUGAACAGCCUAAGGGGAGUUUCCUGAGUCACUGCACCAAUAUAUCUGCUGUUCCCCAAACUCUGUAACACUUUUAUUGAUCAUCAUAUAUGCUAAUACUUAUGGAGUACUGAGUUGUUAAUAUGAUAUCACUAUAAAACAGAGAAACAUGAUUAGUGUGUGACAGUUCAGAGACAUUUCUCCUCAGUAUGUUCUAAAUAAAAAUCAUUAUUAUUUUCUGG